AUGCCUAGGUCUGCGAAGUUCUUAAAGGAGGUUUUUAGCAACAAAAGGAAGUUUAAGGACUUGGCAUUCAUGACGCUAAAAGAGGAAUGUUCAGUGAUUUUCCAAAAAAUGUUACCGGAAAAGAAACAUAAUCCAGGGAGUUUUACUAUCCCUUAUGUUAUAGGUGACCUAACUAUUUGUGAAGCUUUAGUUGAUUUAGGAGCUACCAUUAAUGUAAUGCCAUAUAACCUGUUUGCUAAGUUGGGGCUGGAAGAGACGAAACCUACUACGAUGAGUAUACAACUAAUUGAUAGUUCAGCCAAGUAUCCUAGGGGUGUUGCAGAGAAUGUGCUUAUUAAGGUGGAUAAAUUCAUAUUUCCUGUUCACUUUGUGAUCUUAAACAAAAGAUAA